AGAAAAACACGCAGGGGAUUAUAAAUGCAAAGGAAUGAACAACAUUACUGGAUGGUCGAGUGAAAACACUGGGAUAAUUGAAAUGCGUUAUCGUUGUAAGUGAUCUGAUUUUUUAAAUAAAGCCACUAAUAAACCGGGGUGAGUAAAACUCUUACGUAGACCCGUUUUUUCAAUCAGGGCCGGGUUGUUCAAAACCACCGGGUUAGAGCAAAAUUUGUUUUUAGAUGUUAAAGCUUAGAAAGCAAAGUCAGUUUUAUUGAUUCUUUUUUUUUUCUACAAUUUGAUGAAUGGAUGCUCUAAAAACUAGACAAAACCUUAUCUGUGAAAGUGCUUUUAAACAGAAGAAAUAUCAGCCGUUGCCGCUAAUCGGCCCUCGAACAACUAGAUCCAGGUUUAUAAACGGGUACCAGAAACAUAAAGUUGGGGUUGUCCUGUUGCAAUGAAUAGACAUCCCAUCCACAUGGAAUUAAAUACUGCGUGCUUCAUGUUUUAAAAACCAGCUUCUGACCUCCACUAACACGAGACAUCCAAAGUGAAAUGAUUAUAAAAGAUAAACCAGUCGGUCACCGGAGGCAGAUGUAUCUUAGCUACAUCAAUGAUAUACUUGCCAAAUACUAUUACGUGUUCUAGGUAAGAGCGAUUGUCCGGCCAGAUACGAAAAACCACUAAACAAAACUACCCUUAGAAAGUGGACAAAAAAUGUUUGGAAACUAUUCCCCUAGGAAUGCAGUGACACAAAGCCCGAGGAAAGGGAUCAAACAAAAAGUAGAACACGGAAUACCUUGUUAAAUAGAAGACUCCAAAAAAGCAGUAGACCUGCACCGUUCUAAGGGACUGUGCAAUAAAUACCUGGAGGGGGGUUCGAAAAUUAGAAGGGGGGGCAUAGGAAAAUAUGACAACAAGAGAGAGGGGGUUGUAAAAUUUAAUACACAGGGGGGGGGGCAUUACUUUUUCAUUCCUUUUUGCAAACUGGAAAAGUAGUGGAAGAGUUAUUAGAGUUCAAAUAUCAAUGCUAACAUUGGAAUAAAACUGACAAAUUUAUCAGCUCUAAGGAGUUCCGAUCUAUGAACUGUUCUUUUUCCUGUCAUGCAGUAGAAAAGAAAUGCCUCUGUUAUACAUAUUAAAACAGUGCUACUUUAUUUACACUAGGAUUUAAUAAAACAAGAAACUUUAAUUAAAAGUUGCAAAAGAAGCACUAUACUGUCAUGAUUCAAUGAACAAGAAACAUGCUAAUGGUAGUACACAUGGCAUCAUAAUUUAGCAGAAUGAAAAACCCAACCGUUGAAAUUUUAAUAGCAAUACAAAUUUAAAGUAUGGUAAAUAAAACAUGUAAAAGAUGUAAAAGCGCUUACCAUCAAGCUGCUGAAAAUGUAUCUAAAGCAAAAAGAUUUUAAUAUAAGAUAAGUGGAAGCAAGGAUGAGUUGAUUGAUCGAGUUCUCACCCACGCACGCGGGAACCUUAGUGCCGGAGAUGCUGUAGAAGAUGAGCAAUCUCCCAAUUCAUGCGAAGACGACACAAGUUCAGAGUUCAGUGAUUCUGAUGACUCUUCAACAUACGUCGAAGAGUCAUUUGAAGUGAUGUUUGUACCGGAGGACGAAAUCCAACAAGUAAACUAGGUAUGAGGGAAACAGUGGGAGGAGACUUUUAUCAAGGGGGGUUAGCCUUAAUAUUAUCGUUAUGUGGGGGGGGGUUGAAAUUAAUUGUUGCUUAAUGAGACGGGGGGCAUGACUUAGUUUUGGGGCAUAUUUCCCCCAUUUCCCAACCCCCUCCCCCUCCAGGUAAUUAUUGCACCGUCCCUAAUUUGUAAACAGUUCUCUCUUGAAAGAAUUCGCAGUUUGUCUCGUUCGCGAGGACAAACGAGAGGUUAUUCAUAGCGAGCCGUCAGGUUGGUAUGAAAAUUUAUACAUGCGCAUUAGAACCCAAUUCCAACUUUAAGGCCACCCAAGUGAAAAAAGAGAAAUAUUCAUUCCUCCACUAACUAAAUUGUUAAGGCUCUGCCCAAGUAAUUAGUGUCUGGCCUUAAAACGAAUUUCCGCUUUUGAUUGCUCCUCAUUUCCCCACAAAUAAGUCAGUUAGCCGCACUGGAUAAGUUAAAUAGUCGGUAAAUUAUAUUCUGCGGAUCAAUUUGUCAGUCUACUGAUGGUCACUCAGUCGGUAAGUGAGUUAGUCAGUCAAUUAAUCGUCCAAUCAGAGGACAGGAAUUACUUCUUAAUUAAAAAAAAAAUAGAAAAAAUCCUCAGUCUUUACUACAGGUGUCUGAUUGCCGUUAUAACGUUUUCAUAGUUUACCUAAGGAUUUUAUAUUCCCUUCAAGAUUUGCCGGGCAAGAGUAGACAUGCCCACUGCUUGACGGUCUGCGAAAAACUCGUUCGCAUCAUGGAACUCAGCCAAGAAUUAGGGGAAAACGUGACUUCAAGUUACCAUGGUAGCAAAAUUUCUGGAGCUUAAAAAUCUUUCUUAAGGAAGACGUUCAUUUGCAUUGUCGAACGAUAGAGGAAAAGUAUGGGCUACCGUUUUGUUCCUGAGUGCAAUCAUGCACCGGAAAUUCAUACAUGUUAAUUUUUUCGUUUUUUUCUGCUAUAUUAGCAGGACCGGGACCGUUUGUUGUGAUCCAGAAAUGUUGCUAGCAUGGCAGCGUUACGUAACGACUUCUCCUCUCUAUUGGCAAUGUUUUGAAGACAUUCUUGGUGGCGGAGUGUCGAGUGUCGUCUGCACUUACGGACUAGCCACUAAGCGAUACUGAACGCAACGUUUCAAUGACAAGUUCCUAGUUCUCAUUGGGUUCCCAGUCAUAAGCAGGUGACAUAUGUGGGAUGGCGGCGUUCAGAGUUGGUGUUUGGGCACUGUGCCUGAGCACGGUAGUGUCGGGGCAGUAACGUGAUUACGGUCUUUGUUCAUAUACCCACGCUAAGAAUUCGGCCAGGGUGCCAGUGCCCACGGCGUACGAGGUUGUGACCUAGUUCUCGGGAACUAACGGGCACCGGGUCCACAUCUUUUCUUUCGCUCUGAGACAAUGUACUGUUUUGAAUCGUCAGCCACACUCUUUUUCCAAUGAUGUCUGACAGGGCGAAACUGAGCAAAUAUGUACACAAUGAUAUAGGGUACCCAAGGUUUUGGGCCGGUAGCUUAGCACAGUCUAGUUCUCGGUACCGGGUGUGAACAUCCCCUUUUUCAUUGAACUUAAUAAUUAACCGGAUAUAAAAUUUAUUGCUGAAAUAUCUGAGCCAAAAAAAGGUUUUCUAGAAACGAAUAUCCUAGGAGAGGAGGAAAAUAGAAAAAAGAAUUAAUCCUAAAUGUGCGUACUCACUUCAAAUCAAACCAACAAACACUUUACCAUACGUGCAUUUCUCUUCAUACCACCCUCCAGGAUGGAGGAAAGAAUUUACAUAUGGCAAUGUUCCACAGUUACUAAGAACAAACUCCGCUGAGAAAACAUUUGAAAAGUAUAUAAACAAUCCAAUCAAAAUUUAAAGUGAUGUUUUAUCCCAAUGCGAGUCGUGUACCAUAUACAAUCUAUCAUUGAUGAUUUUUGCCCUUCUCUCUUUCCAGAUUGCGUCCUCCCUCUCCCCUAUUUUGAAGGUUUUUACUUCAUCCUCCCUCUUAUUAUUUGGUCGUUCCUUCUCCUUCAACAUAACAUUUAAAGUCACGCCCAGCGGAUUUAAACUAAAUAAAUAUUACAAUUAUAACAAAACGGGUCCUCAAUUAUGUUCAAAUUAUUGCUUUAUAGCUUUGGAAAAAAAAGUUGAGCGCGUAAAUAGGUUAGGGUUACUCUGUUAAACUAUUGAAAGACACGGCUGUUUAUACUGGGACGCAGUCAUUUAGGCAUGAACUGUGAAAUAACCGCGCAGAAUCGUCAACCUCCCUUUCAGACGAUAACAGUAACGCCGAACGACUCUAAAGUGACUCUAAAAUGCUGGAUUAGGUGAAGGUGAGGGUGAAGGUCUAUACUUACUACAAAACUAUUCGACCGAUGUAAAUCAGUCACGUGGAUGUUUUUUUUUAAUAUAAAAUACCCUAGUGAGCAUUUUCUCCUUUUUCCUCUUUUGUAAUUCAUGGUUUAUAUAAAAACAUCAUGAUGGAUAAUUUUUGGUCUUCUUUUUACAUGUAUUAUGAAUGAUCCUUGAAGACCUCGUAGGUUGCUGACGGAGAUUUAAUUGCAUGGUAACGUCAGCCCUUACGGUUAGAGUAAUAUCAUAAAGCGGUUGAAAUUUCAUCCGGCUUAAUCACCUUCAACGUUAACAAACGCACUUUUGAGUCCCUAAUUUAAAAUUAACAUAUGAACUGCAGUAAAGCACUAACGAGUUUGUUUUAGGAAAGUGUCACUUAAAAAAGAGAGAUCACUGUAUCUUAAAACUAACUGAGUAGAUGACUUAUCAGCUUGGAGAGUAAGACGAAAAAUUUCUUUUCAGUUCCAGUUCAGAGAGUAUUUAAGACAAGUUCUCCAGUGGAUUUCUAUCCUAAUACGACGGAAAUGGAACUUAAUUGUACCUUUAAGGGAUUGCCUCGUCCUCGUGUUGCUUGGUACAAACCAGGUAGUAAACUAAUCAUCAACGGAUCUGAAAGCUUUUAUCUCUACGAGCAGCUGUUUGGAGAGGACACCUUAUCUUCUGUUCUUCGAAAUCCUAAUAUCCAAGAAAAACACGCAGGGGAUUAUAAAUGCACAGGAAUGAACAACAUUACUGGAUGGUCGAGUGAAAACACUGGGAUAAUUGAAAUGCGUUAUCGUUGUAAGUGAUCUGAUUUUUUUAAAUAAAGCCACUAAUAAACCGGGGUGAGUAAAACUCUUACGUAGACCCCUUUUUUCAAUCAGGGCUGGGUUGUUUAAAACCACCGGGUUAGAGCAAAAUUUGAUUUCAGAUGUUAAAGCUUAGAAAUCAAAGUCAGUUUUAUUAAUUCCUUUUUUUUCUACAAUUUGAUGAAUGGAUGCUCUAAAAACUAGACAAAACCUUAUCUGUGAAAGUGCUUUUAAACAGAAGAAAUAUCAGCCGUUGCCGCUAAUCGGCCCUCGAACAACUAGAUCCAGGUUCAUAAAUGGGUACCAGAAACAUAAAGUUGGGUUGUCCUGUUGCAAUGAAUAGACAUCCCAUCCAGAUGGAAUUAAAUACUGGGUGCUCCAUGUUUUAAAAACCAGCUUCUGACCUCCACUAACACGAGACAUCCAGAGUGAAAUGAUUAUAAAAGAUAAACCAGUCGGUCACCGGAGGCAGAUGUAUCUUAGCUACAUCAAUGAUAUACUUGCCAAAUACUAUUACGUGUUCUAGGCAAGAGCGAUUGUCCGGCCAGAUAA